AGUCCUUUCGGCUGCAGCCGCACCUCCCCCACCACGCGGCGCUCUCCUGCGGUUCUGCAGCCCGCCGCGCGCACAAGAGCCCGCCGGGGGGCCCCCGACCGUUUGGGGAGGCCCCCCCCCUGGGCUGCUGCAGGGGCCAUGGCGGGGAUGCUGGCGCUGAUGAACAUGGACGACGGCGGCAGGCGGGUGGACAACAUGGGGUUGAAGGGCGGCGACGUUUCUCCAGAGCACGCCGCCUUCUCGUCGAUGGGGGCCAGAGCUCACAAGGACCCGGCCCCUUCGCCGCCACGCAGCGGAGGAGAUCGGCGCGGACGACAAGCGGAGGGAGCGCGACGUGUUCGGCCACGUGCCGUUCGAGCUGGAGCGCCGCGUGCCCGACGUCGGGGGGCUCGGGUGGCGCACCAAGUCCGGGCAGAUGAUCAAGAACCAGACCUUCUACUCCCAGCGCCCGAAGGUGAACAAGUGGGACGACCCCACGUUCUCGGGCGUCAACACCUGGAAAGCUUGGCAUGGCCCCAGGCUUCGCACGGACGCCGACACCAUGGAGCGGCUCGACCGGUUCGAGGCGGAGACGACGGAGUGGGAGGCGAAGAGGACGUUUGUCAACACUUCCCGCGCGGAGACCCUGGACAGGUUCUACAACCAGAAGCUCAACCGCACGCAGCGGGAGACCGCGGGCAGCUGGGCCCCGCAGCGGCGGGCGCGCCGCGAGGUGCACUCCCUCUUCGAGACCUUCGACGCCCGCCUGGACGAGCAGCCGGUGAAGGAGCUGAAGAAGGUGCUCACCUCCACCGUACUGAAGCGCGAUCGCGAGGCCAUGCGCAUGAUCGCGGCCAGGAUGCAGAACGAGGAGACCUGGAAGAAGGUCUUCACGGACAUCGAGCAGGAGCGCCGCCACGACAUCCGCGCCGACCUCCAGCUGCGCCAGGCGCACACCGACAGGCUGAUGCUGCUCUCGGGGGCCCCAGUGGCCGAGCGCAGCUCGGAGGACGUGCUGCAGCCCGCCGCCGACAACUCCUGCCUGGGAGACCGGCUCAGCCGCACCGCGAUCAAGGCGGAGCGCCCGGACGUGUCCCUCAGGUCGGACUUCCGAGGCCUCAUCCACGCAGACAACGAGCACGCCCUGGAGAUGACGAACCCUGUUCCCUGGCUCCGGGCACGAGCUCAGUGUGGAGUUCCGCGAGAGGAUCAACAGGACCACAGAGCCGGGCUGGCCGCGGCCGCCGCGGGCGGCGACGCCCGUCCACGGCGGGACGCAGGGGGCGCGCGAGCGCGGCGCGCGCUCCGAGGAGGUCGCCAUGGCCUCGAUCCCCACGUCGCCCACGAGGCUCGGGAACGUGGGCUCCCGAACGACGAGAUGUUGGCUGCGCACGCGAAGGCGCAGUUCCGGCCGACAGUGGCGCCUCCUCCGCUGGACCAGUCGAAGACGCUCCUUGGCGAGGACUGGUCCGCAUCCACCGUGCUCAGGGGCGGCGGAUCGCGGGUCACCGGGAGCUUCAGCCGCACCUCCCACGUGAACGCCAGCAGGUCCGAGGGCGACCUCCCGCCCCCGAGGAGGCGGAUGGUCUACCCCGUGCUGGCGCCCACGUCGCCGCACUCGAGGGCCCCGGUGGACGUGUCGCACAUGUCCUCCAUGACGCACACGUCGUCCCUGCACCGCAGCGCGUCCGUGCCGGCCAUGGCGGCCUCGACGAGCCGCUCGGGCAGGGCGGCGGCCGCGAGGGCGACCGCGGAGGUGUGCGGCGAGCUGGACAGCUGGGAGGCAAACACCGCCAAGGUGCCCGGCAUCAACAACUUCUUCGGGCCUCCCCGCGCGUCGCGGCACCUGAGGAGCGAGCCGUCCGGGACGUUUGCCUGAUCCUGUUCGUGGGUCUGCCGCCCCUCGCUUCCCCCCUGGGCUCGCCGCCGGCACAAGCACCGCGGGGCUUCUCACCGCCAGGAGGCGCCCCUCCUCGCUCUGUGAGCCUCCCUAGGCGGCCGGAGCGACGGGAUCCCCACCGGGGGGCCUCUGGUGCUCGCCACGUCUGCCCACGCGGGCCGGAAGCGGAGGGAGCUCCGAAAGGUGCCCCGCAGGACGCCGCUGGAUUUUAUCCCCCGGAACUGUUGCCUCUGAGUCCAUCCUUCGGCCCAAGGCCACGGACGACGGCGGGCCGGCUCGCGGGGACAAAAAGCCCUCCGGGUCCUCCCGCUCGUCCUCGUCCUCUUCGCCCGUGGCUGUGUUCUGAUCAGUGGCGUCCGCCCUGUCGCCUUCGACCGAUCUGGUCUCUUCUACAGUGCGACACGCGUGCACGCAG